AUGGACCUGUCCAAGCAGUGCCAGUGUCCCUUCAGCGGGCCGAUUGCCCUCUCCACCACUGCCCAAGUUCGGGACUGGAGGCACAAUGUCAACAUAAUCGUGUUAUGGAUUACACUGCUUUGUCUUCAUCCAGUAUAUACGCUGCUUCCAGUGAAAACAGUUCAUCUUGGUGAACCAGCCACAUUUACAUGUGUUAUACCAAACGCAGAAAGAGGAAUCUACUGGUACAAGCAGAGUGUUGGAGAUUCUCUCAAUAUAAUUGUAACAUUGUUUAAAUCUGGAACAGAGUACGCACCAAACGUUUCAAAAUCAAGAUUUGACUUACGUGCUGAUGACAGUUUUAGUAACCUCACCAUUUUGAGCACAGUUGAAGAGGAUGAAGGAAUGUACCACUGUGGAGUCACAGAGUGGGUAAAGACUAAAUGGAGUGGGACAUAUUUGUUAGUAGAAGGAAACACUGAGAGGACUGUUGUUCAGACAGUAUCAUAUCCAGUCCGUCCAGGAGACUCAGUGACUCUCCAGUGUUCAGUCCUCUCCGACUCUGAGAACAAGACAUGUCCAGGAGAUCUCAGUGUGUUCUGGUUCAGAGCUGGAUCAGAGACAUCUCAUCCAAACAUCAUCUACACGGAUGGAGAUAUGAGUAAUAAAUGUGAGAAGAGAUCUGAGACUCAGAAGAGAUGUGUCUACAGCUUCUCUAAGGACGUCAGCUCCUCUGAUGCUGGGACUUACUACUGUGCUGUGGCCACAUGUGGAGAGAUAUUAUUUGGAAAUGGAACUAAACUGGAAGCUGAUCAAACAGCAAGUUCUGUGUUAGUUAUUGUGUUGGUGGUAGCAAUCAUCUGCUUGGCCAUUUCUAUGAUUAUGAACCUAAUUUUCAUCUGUUGUCGAACUCAGAAAGGACUAUGUGGACAACAUGAAGCGACAAAAAGCAGCUCUUCACCAGCUAGACAAGACGAUAUGAGCCAACCAGUUAAAGACAAAGCUGAAGGUGAUCUCAACUAUGCUGCGCUGCAUUUCUCUGCCAGAGGAAGAAAGAAGAAAGAGUUGAAUCCAGAAGAAUGUGUGUAUUCUCAUGUGAAAUACUGAAUGUAAAUGUGAGUCAAAAACUGUGCUGGUCCUCACCCAAAUUCUCUCUAUGUGCACAUAUUUUACCGUACAUUGGUUCUUACCUAAUGCUUAAAUCUUAUGCUAGAAACAUUAAUCUAAGAUUCCUCAGGCUUCUGUUUCAUUUUGUUUUCUGAAAAAUGCAACUUAAUUGGAGAUUCUCUUUCUCUUUUAAACAAUUAUAAACCUAUUUCUAACCAAAUACACACCCUAAACAGCAAAACUGAUUUCAGAGCCCUAGCUAGAUGAGGCUUCUUCAGCCUUAGUUAAACCAACCAGUUACUUUACAAGUUUGUCUAAUUAUUAACGUAUAUUUUUGCUUUGUGCCUCACUGAAAAGACUGU